CGCCUCCGCCGCCUUUACCCCGCCGUCAACCAGGAGGAGACGCCGCUGCCGCGGUCCUGGAGCCCGAAGGACAAGUACAACUACAUCGGCCUCUCGCAGGGCAACCUGCGCGUCCACUACAAAGUGUCACCAGCCCGGGCCGAGCGCUCGCUGUAGCCGGAUCGCCUGUUUACUCCGUCAUCCUCCUUAAAACCCGGCCGAGGGCUGGGAUGGCGUCGAGACGCCGCGUAACUGGGGCUUCGGCUCCUUGAGUUUACGGAAAAUAGAUGCUCGCAGACUUGUAAGACUCGGGGAAUCACACCGCUGUUUUUCUUGCUCGCUAUUGGAAGCUGUUCUCCCUACCACCCAGCGGAGAACCGAUCAUUCCUUUUCCUGCCUGGUCACGGUAAAAAUCACAAAGAUGCUGCCUCAGUCAGGGCUACGCACCCUAUACCCGCAGCCUGCGGCAUUUAUUACUUUGAAGUGAAGAUCGUCAGUAAAGGUAGAGAUGGGUUAUGUGCAUGGGAGUUGCUGCAGUACACACAAGAGGGAAGAUGAAUCUGCAUAGAAAAUAAUAAAGUUAAGCAGGAUAAGCUGAAGUGGAAGAUGACCUGUUUUAUCCAAGUUCAACAAUUAUGUUAUUUCUUGUAAUUUCCUGCGGUUUGCUCAGUAUUGUCACCCUUAUGGUGACGAUGCAAUGCAAUGGCCCGACAAGGGGUGGGGACAGAAGGGAAGCCAUCAAAAUGCUGCGGCCAUGAUUCUGACGAAGCUGCGCGCCAAGGUCGUGUGCAGAAGUAAGGAGGGACGGAGUUGGCCAGAGGCCCUAUGGCCCUGGGGCAGUGCUGGGUGAUACUGAGAUUAAGGAAGCUGACACCACCAGAUGACGGAGCUGCGCUGGAGGAGACUAAGUGGGCACAGUUUUACCGUGUUUCACCUUCGGCUCAGCCACAUAGAUCAGGACAUAGGAAACGCUCCCUGCGCUGAGAGGUACAUGGGAAUAGGACUUUCUGCUCAAGGGGUCAACAUGAACAGGCUUCCUGGAUGGGAUAAACAUUCUUAUGGGUACCACGGUGACGAUGGGCACUCCUUCUGUUCUUCGGGGACAGGACAGCCCUAUGGUCCUACGUUCACCACUGGAGAUGUGAUCGGCUGCUGUGUCAACCUUAUCAACAAUACCUGCUUUUACACGAAAAAUGGCCACAGUUUAGGUAUAGCCUUUACAGACCUCCCUUCAAAUCUCUACCCUACAGUGGGUCUCCAGACUCCAGGAGAGAUAGUCGAUGCCAACUUUGGGCAGCAGCCAUUUGUGUUCGACAUAGAGGACUACAUGAGGGAGUGGCGAGCGAAGAUUCAGAGCACCAUUAAGCGGUUUCCCAUAGGAGACAGACUAGGCGAGUGGCAAGCCAUGCUGCAGAAUAUGGUUUCGUCCUAUUUGGUUCAUCAUGGGUACUGUUCAACAGCCACCGCCUUUGCCAGAGUCACAGACACCACGAUCCAGGAAGAACAGACCUCCAUAAAGAAUAGACAAAGAAUACAGAAGCUAGUAUUAGCAGGCAGAGUGGGAGAGGCUAUAGAAGCCACCCAGCAGCUCUAUCCUGGCCUCCUAGAACAUAACCCCAACCUGCUCUUCAUGUUAAAGUGUCGGCAGUUUGUGGAGAUGGUGAAUGGGACAGACAGUGAAGUUCGUUGUUUCAGUGCCCGCAGCCCCAGAUCCCAGGACAGUUACCCCGGGUCCCCCAGCUUAAGUCCUAGACAUGGAUCAAGCAACUCACACGUGCAUAGUACCGGAGCAGAUAGUCCAACCUGUAGCAAUGGAGUCAUGUCCACAAAAAGCAAACAGAGUCACAGUAAAUACCCAACGCUGAGUUCAUCAUCUUCAUCUUCCUCCUCCUCCUCCCCCUCAUCUGUGAACUACUCUGAGUCCAAUUCUACAGAUUCUACCAAAUCUCAGCAGCACAGUAGUACGAGUAACCAAGAAACCAGCAGGUGCAAACCUGUUCCCGUUCUCCUGCUCUGGCCCAGGCUUGGAGGCUCAUCUCCUGAGGAAUAUUAUGAUGCUCUCGUUUCAAACGCUGAGCUGUCCCAUGGGACUGAUGCCGUCAGAGCCCAACAUGAUAGCUUGCACAGAAGCUCUGCCGUUGAGCCGUUGCUCCUGCCUCAGCCAGCCGAUGACUGCUCGAAGCAGCUUGCCCGCCCUUUAGUGGGUGAGGCAGCAGCUCCAGUGAAUACUGGUGACAGCGAGAUGGAAAUGGAGGCUGAGCACUACCCCAAUGGAGUCCUGGAAAAUUCAUCCACCAGGAUAAUGAAUGGCACCUACAAACAUGAAGAGAUCCUGCAGACGGAUGAAUCCAGCAUGGAAGACAGCUGUCCCCAGAGGCAGCUCUGUGGAGGGAACCACGCUGCCACGGAACGAAUGAUCCAGUUUGGACGGGAGCUGCAGAUGCUGAGUGAGCAGCUUUGCAGAGAAUACGGGAAGAACACAGUACACAAAAAGAUGCUUCAGGACGCGUUUAGCUUGUUAGCUUACUCAGACCCUUGGAACUGCCCCGUUGGUCAACAGCUGGACCCGAUCCAGAGGGAACCUGUGUGUGCUGCUCUUAAUAGUGCUAUAUUGGAAUCUCAGAACCUGCCAAAGCAGCCCCCGCUGAUGCUUGCCCUGGGCCAGGCCUCGGAGUGUUUGCGGCUCAUGGCUCGCGUGGGCUUGGGCUCCUGCUCCUUUGCCAGAGUAGACGACUAUUUGCACUAGCCACCAGAGCAAGAUGGAGUUGACAUCAUUGAGUGCUGCCCUUCACCCUCCGUUGCUGCCACUCUACACCACCACCUCGUUCGAUAGCCUGACCUCCCUGCCACCAACACCCCCUCUAGCACACACACACACGCUGCCCGUGAAAGGAUCGAGUGAAGUCCCUCACUGUGCGGCUGUUCCUGACCCCAGGAACGACUGGCAGACCUUACCCGUCUCCCUGCCAUUGCUGCGGCUCCAGCGGCACUCAGUAUUUCGCUGGUUAUUCUAAUGUAGCACCUUCCGAUGUAGGGAUUUCUCUUUGUUUUGAUUUGAGUUGUUUCUCAUGGAUCCACCAGUAUUUUAUCUGGAGAGUUUUGCUGAGCUGGUUUCUGCUGAUUUACUGAGGAAGCUCAUCAAGUUGGUGACAGCUUGUUCUUUUCUUCCCUUCUCCCUCCAUCGUGCACAUACAGCAGCAUCUUCUGUGCUAGUUCCCUGAACUCUUCUCGCAGUGGCAGUUCAGAGGGAUUUUUUUUUUUUAAUUUUAUUUGAAUCCUGUUUAUUAAAAAGGUCUCUUCCACCUCCACAAA